GCACCCUUUACCCCUUUUAUUCAUUUCACGUCAUGUCGAAAAGAAUUGAAACGAAAUUAUGCAUCAUCUGCCGCCGUUACAUCAAAGGCUCUUCAGACCAUUUGAACGCCCACUAUGAUAAUUGUAUUCCGAAAAAAAUCGACUUAUUGCGUGCAACAAUCCCAGCUGGAGAGCUCUUGGCAGUACCAGAACUAGGUGGCCGUUUUAUGCGCCAACCUAGUGCAACUAAUGGCAACGUUGAAAGUAACCUUCACAAUGAUGCUGUCAAUCUUGCGCCCAUUAACGUAAGUAUUGGCAUCGUCGUCAAUGAUAACUUUAAUAUUCUUCGCGAUAGAAACAACAUCAAAUGCUUAACUAUCUUUACAUAGGAGACUGGUCCUGCAUAUCGCAUGGAAGCAAUUGAUCAAGAGGACUACAUGGAUUUGGACGAGGAGUUGGUCUAUGAUACGGUAGUGGAAGAGCACGAAGCAUUUGGGAUCGAGACGGUGCCAGAAGCAAUAAAUGCCGAUGAUGCUAAGGUAUACGACAUGCACAACGUGCACAUCCCUGAAGAAGACAAAGUCAA